CCCAGGUACAAAACUAGCAAUUUUUUCAAAACUAGCAAGAUUACAGGAAAUUUGAGAAAUUUCUUUGAAGGAGGAUGGCAAAAGGCGGAAGAAAACGUGAUAAGAAUGCAGGAGGUGAUGAUGGUGAGCCUAGCUCUUCUCCAUCUAAGAAGUUCAAGCCACCAAGACGAGUUGCUCUCUAUUGGCAAUGGGAAGACAAGCGUGUUUGGGUGGCAUGUGCUUCAGAUCUCACAAAAGCUAUCAACGACAGUCUGGAUGGGGAUGGACAAGAUGUAAAAUUUGAAGCAGGCGGAAAGAUGCUAGAGGUGAAACUAGAUAAAAUGGUUCAGAGAAACUGUUCUACCGGAUGGGAGAGAAGAAUAAGAUGCUGUCUUCAAGAUGGAAAUCAGUAUUUUGUGUGGCAAUGGAAAGAUGAAAAGAGACGCUGGAAUGCCUACGGUCCCUCAGAUACCAUCGCUUUGGAAAAUGGACGUCAAAACAAUGAUGAUACAGUCUCCUUAAUGGUUGCUGGAAGGAAUUAUACCAUCAAUCUGAACGACAUGGAGCAGUGUAAUGAUGAAACAGAUGUUGUGAGGGAGGUCGAAAGAUUGAAAACAGAACACAGUCCAUCAAGUUCACCAAUCAAGCUUGUAAGUACUACCGAGUCAGGUAAUGGUGAGCAGAAGAAGACACGGAGUGGGAGGAGAGUCAAGAAUGAACCAAAGGUGGAGGAAGAAGAAGAGAUGGAAGAAGAGGAACAGCCGAGUACAUCCCGAGCUAAACCAAAGACAAAAUCAGGAAGAUGGAACGAAGGUGUGAAGACUGUUCGGAUCACUGGUAAUAGAGCUCCAGUAGACCCUGAGUGUGUUCAGAUGAUGGGUAAAACACAGGUCUUUAUGGAUAGCACCUCUGCAAUGUAUGAUGCUAUGCUUAAUCAGACCAAUCUGAAGAACAACAACAACAAAUACUAUGUGCUACAGCUUCUAGAGGAGACCAAUAGGAAGUGGUAUCAUGUUUGGUUCAGAUGGGGAAGAGUCGGUAACAAAGGGCAGAGCAACCUUGUCAACUGUGGUACUGAUCUGGAGAAAGCCAAGUCUACGUUUGAACAGAAGUUUUGGGACAAGACUAAGAAUGAAUGGAUGAAUCGAGACAGCUUUGUGAAAGUGGCUGGGAAAUAUGACCAGCUGAAGUUGGAUUAUAACAUCAAGGAUACUGAUGUAGAAUCAUCCGGUGAUGCCAAGGAGUCCAAGCCCAAGGUUCCUUCUAAGCUGGACAUCAGGGUGCAGAACCUUGUGAGUUUGAUCUGCAAUGUGAAGGCUAUGGAGGAUCUGGUGAUUGAGAUGAAAUACGACACCCAGAAGGCUCCCUUGGGUAAGCUGACCGUUGACCAGAUCAAGGCUGGCUACCUCGCUCUCAAACAGAUAGAAAAAUGUAUAGAGGGCUCUAUCAUUGGCGACCAACUCAUCAAAGCGUGUGAUGCCUUCUACACUAGGAUCCCACAUAAUUUUGGUAUGCAGCGACCACCAGUGAUCCGAACCAAGAAUGAGUUUAAAGCCAAGCUCGCUCUCCUUGAAGCAUUGAGUGACAUCCAGGUUGCCUUGACGGUUCUCAAGUCUGAGAAGAAUGAAGACGAGCAUCCAAUAGAUCAACAGUAUCGUGCGCUGAAAUGUCAAAUGAAACCAAUCGAUAAGACAUCAGAAACAUUCAAGUUAAUCCAAAGCUACGUCUUGAACACCCAUGCAAAGACUCACAACCAGUACACCAUGACUGUAGAUGAGGUCUUUGAUCUGGACAAAGAAGGGGAGAAACCUCGCUUCAAGGAUGUUGGAAACAGGAUGUUAUUGUGGCACGGUUCUCGUAUGACAAACUGGGCUGGUAUCUUGGGCCAGGGACUACGCAUUGCUCCGCCUGAAGCUCCUGUAACAGGAUACAUGUUUGGUAAAGGAGUUUACUUUGCUGAUAUGUCUUCUAAGUCUGCUAACUACUGCUUUGCUACAAGGACCAAUCCUACUGGCAUGCUUACACUCUGUGAGGUUGCCCUUGGUAAUGAGAAUCAGCUGUUGGCAGCAGACUAUAAAGCAGAUGCUUUACCAGCUGGCAAGCAAAGUGUGAAGGGAUUAGGAAGUAUAGCACCAGACCCAAAGAAGAACUUCACAAUGGAUGACGGUACAAUAGUCCCUCUUGGCAAAGGCAUGAACACCAAAGUAGUCAACCCCAAUGGCUAUACGCUCAACUACAAUGAAUACGUCGUCUACAACACCAACCAGAUCCGCAUGCGUUACCUGGUCAAACUCAAAUUUAAUUUCAAGUGAAAACUAGAAGUGAGAUAGACUGUUGUAGUACAGCCAUGGCUGAAGAGAGAUUUGUUUGUGUUGAAGACUUUUUUUUCUUGUGAGAUGCUGGUGUCAUGAGCCGGGUCUAUUAUUUUCAACAAGCUUUGUGUACCUUAGGCCAUUGGGCCUUGUAAAAACUUGACAAAGUCCUGAGUAUGUUCCUAGAGCAGUACACAUGCUAUAUUAGAUAUAGUGUCAAUUAAUUUCUUAGGAAAUUGAUGUCUGAUGUUGAACAUGAUAUCCAGUUUGAGUUAACAAGAAUGAAACUCAUUGUUAAUGCCAAGUUUCUUCAAUAUUAUAAAUAAUAGACAAAGUUUUAAUGAUAUGACUUUCAUUUGCAUAUUUACUUCUAAAGCUAUUGUAAUAUGGAAUUGCAUUUCAAGAUUAGUUUUUGUUUGUAUGCAGUUUAUGCAGACCGUUUAACAUGUGUAGGCUUUGGUAACUAUCACAAAAUUUAUUCCUAGAAUUAUACACUUUGGUAAUUUGUCAAAACUUAAAUAUUAUUCAUAAAUAUGUGAAUGUUAAAAAAAAAAAGAGAAUUUUAUAUGACAUUAUAUAAUGCUGGCAGCUGAUUUCCUGUAGUGUUUCGCGUUAUUAAUCCCUGCUGUGUGCAGCCAUACAAGAUGAUUGCAUUGAUAUGUAUGUAUAUGUCUUCUGUGUAUAUGCAUCCCCUUACAUAUGAUGUUGGAGAGUAGAAUUAUUGUGCCUUUCCAGAUUAGAUCCAUCCUGUACCAAGCAGUGAGUCAAGGUUUCAGCAUAAAAAUAAAACGUCCUUAUAGACACAGAAUAUAUAGUAAAAUAUAAUGUACUAGGUAACAUUUAUAUACUUGUAUGUAUGUCUUCUGUGUAUAUGCAUCCCCUCACAUAUGAUGUUGGAGAGUUGCAGAAUUGUAUUUAGGGUAAGUGAUGUAUUUGAUGUAUAGUUGAUUGAAUAUCGUUGUUUGUUUGUCACCCACCCAUAACUAGGUGAUGUCUCAUUUUAAUCAUAGAGGUAAAGAAUAAAAAGUAUGGGUAUUUACAAAAAAAUGUAGUGAUGUUCUUUUAAAGAAGUGAAAUACUUAUGUCCAUCUUUUCCUAUGUAAAUAUGUAGAUAUGAGAUAAUGUUAAAAUGCAAUGUCAUGUGUUGAUGUUUAGGUUUGUGGAUGACCUUUGAAACAGGUUAAAGCUCUGGAUUAUUUGUGGGAAGUUAUGUUAAGGAUGUCUUGUAAUGUUCUCACUUUGUAAGCACUGAAUCUACUAAUGAUAUUCUUAUUGUUGCACAUUAUUAAAUCACCAUUAGCAAUGUUCUGAUUUUAACAAAUAUUAGAUGAAAGUCUCAGAAAGCAUCUUCUAUUUAAUCAGUGCCUCUUAUUUGAGUGAGUUUUACUCCUAGAAUGCUCCAUAUAUGUGACCAAAGCUGUAACCUCAAUAGCAUAUUAAGGACAGAGACCACGGAGUGCUGCGUGAAUGAAACCGCUUUUUUCUACUAAAACUUUAGAAGCAUUCUUUCCCUUUUGGGCCAACAUGAAGUCAUGUACAAGUAGCUGAAAUGAUAAAUGCAUGGAUAUUAACGUUACAUUGAACAAUCAAUUAAAUUGCUAGUCCUUAUGGGAAAUGAAGCUUUGGAAUUUAUCAGAGUUUACCAAUUUGGAGGUUUUAAAGUUUUUGUUUCCUUGUACUCCUGGUUUGAAAAUGUUAAAGAAUAAUUUGCACAAUUGCAAAACUUGUGUGUAAUUUGACUGUUCUUGCAUUUGCAUAUAAUAAAUCAAUUUAAAUGUGCCAAACUCAAGGGAAAAAUGUUAAAGAUGAAAUAUUGUGCUCUCUGCAGUAGCCUGUCUGUUUGUUAGGAGUCACAAAUUUUUAUGAUAAAUUGUAAAUAUUGUACACAGAUAUUACUGAUAUACUUCAAAUAGAUUUUCUUAAUCAACUAUUGCAAUGAGCGACAGAAUUGUGUUUUCAACAGUUAGAGCCUGUAUCUUGCUAUGCAUUGUAGGCUAAAGCUAAAUCAGUCUUUCAUGACAAACCAUGCAGUGUUUUUAAUUAUGUAUCUAAAAUACUUAUUUCAAUCUUGUUUUCAAGAACGUUGAUGAGAUAUUUCAUCAGUCAUACUGAAUAUUUGUUCUUUCUUUGGAACCAUCCAUAUAAGUUCAUUUCUAGUCAUUUUUGCCAUGCUUUAUAAUUAUGUGUGUAUGUACUCUGAAAAUUUGCUAUCUUCUGUAUCUUUCAUUGCUUAUUUGCAGUACUUGUAGUUCCAAUGAAAGAUUCAGUUCUUUAAGAAGUCAAAUAUGUAAUUUCUACUAUUCCAAUUUUGUUAUAUUUCCUUUUCUGUUUCAUUGCUUUAUCAUAUUUUUUCAGUACAAACUAUUUGCAAAACGUGUGAGAAACUCUCUUCUUUGUACUGUGUGCCUGAACAUUUAACUAACGUUUACUUGAGUUACAUUUUAUGUUAGAUCAUGUGAUCUGUAAUACAAUGCCAAUGAUCAUUAAAUAUUGAAAAUGCAGAAAACAAAA